AUGCCUCCCCGUACAUCCCGCGUGUCCCAACAGGCAACCUUUGCGCUGAAAACACCCCUCCAAAUCAAGCGUGACCACUAUGGCUUCAAAAUCAAAUCCCAAUGGCAGCCCCAAGACUACCGCCCCAAUCUCGAACCCCGGGAUAUCCAACUCGCGCCUGGAGCAAACACAUACUACCAGCAUGUCGUGCACCACGCACUCAUGCACACGCCCAUCUUCGUGCAGUGGAUACUUGGUCACAAUCAGCCAGCCGAUCCCACCCAUCUUUCCGCAACAUGCAUAAUGUGCGCGUACAAGUCACUGGCCUGGGAUUACUGGCUCUGGCAAGGCCAAGGCGGGCAGAAGAUCAUCGCCGCGAACCACGCGGGGCUGACGUUCAUCGACACGCAGGCGAUUCUCGCGCAGCCGCUGGUAUAUGCGCAUAGUCGCCCUGGCGACGCGGGGAUCUUUUUCGAGUGGGUGACGGAUCAGAUGGAGUAUGCGAUUCCCGCAGUCGUCCCGGCAGAUCAGAGAUUCAAGCUCCAUUGGAACGAGGAGUUCAAGGCGAUGUUCCAGCUUGAUCUGAGCGAGACACGGGAAUGUCAAGAAGGAAUACGCCAGGGUGUGAUAUGUGGGAAAAAGAUUGUUACGCCGGCGGCGCCGGUGAGGUCGAUUGAGGUGGAUCUUGACCCGGAGAUACACACUCUUGACGAGAUGCUAGAUGUGUAUUUCAACGACUACAUGGAUGAGGAUAGGUUGUGUACGAGGUGCAAUGUCAACCGUAGACACACGGUGAAGCGCACGAUUAGAGCGGCGCCGCAGGUGUUGAGGAUUCGGGUUAAUAUUAUGGACGAGGCGGCGGAUGGAAUGACGACAAAGUACCUGAAUGGGUGGACUGUCCCUACGAACCUCAAUUUGCAAGGUAAUCAGGAGAUUGACGAGCUACCUUUGGAGUACGCGUUGAGCAGUUCGAUUGCGCAUGGUGAAGAUCGUCCCGGCCUGUACGAAGAGGUGGGUGGGGUUACCGUCAGACUGCCUGUAGGAGAUGAUGAUUCGGAUGAUGCUCCCGUAGAUCUUGAGCCCAGUUCUGAAAGGGAAAAUGAACCCAUGGCGGUAGACGAAGACUUCGACCCUAACGAUCCGCACGAAGAUUUGUUUGACGUUCCUGAAAGGGUAGAUUCAGUUAUGGCAGAGGACGAGCCACAUCCGGUCGUUGCCGGUGGCGUCGCCCCUAGAUCACCUGUACGAGACGAAGAUGACGACUUCAACGGCUUGAUCCUAGUCACCAACGAGGAGUUCCUUGAAGAGUUGGGCCCGUCUGUGGACAUGGAAAUGGAUGAUCUGCCAGAGUACACUGACACUGAAGGCGAGGAUGACGACGAGGACGAACACGAAUACGAGUUUGAAGCGCCAGAACAGCUGAAUAGACGCGAAGGAUCCGCGAGCCCGCCACAAGACGACAGUGACGACGACAGCGACAGCGGCGUCAUCGAUGACUUGAUCGUCGACGACGCAAACGAUGUCAACGAUUAUAUCGACGAUGAAGAAGUUAUCGAUGUCCCGCACCAACUCCACGACGACAUGUACGGUUCCGACGAAGAAUCCGUCAUACCCAACUCGCAUUACAUCCUCAACGUCCGCGGGCCAGAAGAAAACUACCAUAUCUCCAUGGCCCACCACAACCACCUCGACCCCCAUGCCCUUCCCCUCGCGACUCUGUCCGACAACCCACAGCGCCCAUGGCAUAUGCCCUGUCACAACCCGCGAGGAUACCAGGUGGUAACCCUGACGUACACGAGGAAACCGCUGGAAAAUAAGUGGAAGAAGAUGGAGCAGAACAUCCCGGCGUUCAUCUGA